CUAAAUACACAUAAAUAUAAAUGGCAACCCUGUCAUAUUAUAAAAAUAUUAGUAAACAACAGUUUUACAAACGCGAUGUUCAUUUUUCUACAUACUAGUACGCUGAGGUGUACUUAUCAGGCUUUUGGCGUGGAUAUUCAUUUCGCUACCAGCUUACUUAUAUACUUACCCGCAGAAGAAUUGUUGCUGAAGAAUCUCCCGUAGUAGCCAAUUGUGAAGCGCCUUUAGUGUGCUUUGGGACGCAGGCAUACGAGCUCGUCUCUCAGAGGAUUGAUAUUGGAUUGGGAACUGGGCUUAUUUUUCAUACGUAAUCGAAUAUUUCGUUGUAAUUAAUCUACUAUAGUCAUGUCCAUGGACAAAGUCAUUCCCGUGGUGAAAGCAGAGGAUGCCGAGGAAGAGGAGGAAUUGGUUGAUCCUCAACAACAGCUUCGAGAUGCAUGCAACGAGCACAAAAAUAUACAAUCCUUACGAGAAAAAUAUGAAACUUGCAAUGAUAGAGUAAAUUCCAGGAGUCGGACUACAGAAACAUGUGUUGAAGAACUUUUUGAUUAUCUUCAUGCAGUGGAUCAUUGCGUUACUAAAGAUUUAUUUUCGAAAUUGAAAUAGAUGUGUCUCUUGAACACAUUUCAUGUAGAAAAUCUAUUAUUCCUUGUUUUGUUGUAAAAAUGUACAAAUAAAAAUUAAUGUAGAUAAACUGCACUUGGUAGCACAGAAUUUUUUGAAGGAUGUAAGAGUUCAUUCUAAUCGCACACUUCCUCUGUAUAAAUUAGAUUUUUUUUUCUCUGGAAUACAAAACACUUGGGCAAGUCUUAUCAUUCACUUACUGUUACACAUUUGCUAAGAUGCUGAUAAAUUUGUAAGCAAAAAAUUUGGACAAUAUAGGGUACUUGAGAUUCAAUUUUUAUCAAGUUUUAUCCAAAUAGUAAAAACGUUGUUAGUUUUUUUUCUAAGGUAAAAUAUUUUAAGUAUUGUGAAGGAGCUUAGCUUGUAAUGACACGAUACAUGUGUUUUUUGUUUAUGGUGGAAUUUUUUAAAUUGUUGAUGUGUAUUGUCUUGACAGAAUUGUAUUUGAAACAUUGAUAUCGAAAUUCCUUUUUACUUGCUGUUUUUCUGAUGGAAAAUUAGACAUUUUUUUAAAGUAACCAAUGAUGGCUAGGAAAGAAGUUCAGGAAAUACUCCUAUGCAUUUGGAUGGAGCAGUUUCAUCGCUACAAUUUCAGUACAUUUUUAUCAACAUGUGGAAAGCUUUGAGAUUUAAGAUUUCAUGGUGGUUUUGUGGUCACAGCUGCUGUUUCUGUUGUUGAGUAUGCUGUCUAGACUUGCCAAAAUGAACUGCCAAUAGAUAAGAUUUAUGUUGAUCUAACUCGUUAUUGUGUUGUGAUGGCAAUAUUUCCGAUUGGGAUUAUUAACACACAAAAAGUAAUAAUGUCGUAGUUGGCUGAACACUGUUGACUUAGAAUAUUUCAGCCUGGCACUGUUUGUCCUAGAAGAAAACAUUGAAAAAGAAAGAGAAAAGUAACUAACUUUUUCCAUACAAGUAUAUUUUUUUUUUUUUUCAUUUAUACUUGGUAUUUUCUUCC